AGCUCGACCGAAUGAUAUGAGGCCUGUGGUGAGGAGUGAAGCCUGAGCUAGAUUGCCCCUCCCGUCGACCGAGUGAUAUGAGGCCUGUGGUGAGGAGUGAAGCCUGAGCUAGAUUACCCCUCCCAUCGAGUAUGCCAAGAUGGCGCCCAUUUCCUGCUCCCUAGCUAGUAAACAACACGCCCUGUAAGCUAGUCUGCCCAGCAACAGCUGACGCUGGCCAAUCAGCUCGUCUUGCCUACUUUGAUGUGAUUGGUCGAUGUGUCCAUAUAUAUGCUGACACCACCCCUGGGGAGAGAACACACACCAAGAGAGGGACUGCUGAGAGAAGCACACAAGGAGCCGUAGGGAACGGACCAGAGGAGGCUUCCCUCAGGCGGGAUCCGAGAUCCCGGAACAGGGCGUACGGAGAGAGAAAAUAAAUCAGAGGCUAUCCGCCGACUACUCGUGUCGUGUGUUUUUUCCUGCCGGCCGGGAUCGACACCGACAUUUGGUGGCCCGUACGGGGAACUGAUCACCCCCGAGGCGAGGCGGACGACGCUCCAGUAUUGCUCUGCAGGACAGGAACCAGGACGAGAACCAUUGUGGGUCCCAGAACGGCUGACGCGUGUGGCGAAUCCAACGAAACAUAAUGCAGGAGACACUCCAAAACUCAACGGCAGCGGACAGCCUAAUCAAGAUCGGUCCGACCAGGAUAUUGCUGCUCGACCGAGGAAUACCGUAUGACUUAUGGGACACAGUAAUGAUUAUGCUCUCGAUAGUAAUUGGCUCUCUUUUAGGGUACGGUGCAGCCAGAGUGGCUAGGCCACGCCGCCUUCCGGCAGCCCCCUUCCUUCUGGUUUUGAUGCUCACCACCACUACUGAAAUAGGAGCAGACUUGGUGUGGGCAGCAAUACAUCAUCCGCCAGCGCUAGCCGCUAUCUCCACCACAGCCCCCUCUCUCCCAAAGUUGUAUGCAAAAAACUGCUCCGCCAGAUUGCCUUGCAUACCAGAUAUACCGUUAACCAUCAGACCCAUACGUUUUGACCUUCCCAUCACCAAUGACGUGGUCAUUUUUUCCACUAAUAGUAACCCCUCGUGUCACCGGGGAUCCUGCGUUAGCUUCCUGCCCCUCCUUGUAAAAUGGUACAAUACCUCCCUGACGGUGAGGUUGUCUGUCCCAUCCCUGCAUUCGCCUGGAUGUUUUAAAGCUGGCACACUUAGCGGCGGAGUCAUCACUUUUAACUCAACCUGCAAACCCCGAGCAGCCAUGCACACCCGUCCCGAUUUCCCCACAUGCCCAUACCGUGUGUCCCCAAGCCGAAAAAGACAGAUGGUGGACCUGUCACAACUUUCAUGGCAGCCCUGUACUGUCGACGGCGUGGGAGUGACUCAUCUAAACAUGUCUUGGUGGUCCCGGUUCUCUCCUCCAUCCGGUAGUAACAACAUAUUCGCGUUGACCUGGUGGGAGUCCUACCUGAGAGUGAACAACAAGUGGGCAAUAAGCUUCCCCUUCCCCCUUAAUGAAAAUUGGUUGUGCCUCUCCACCGGAGCCUGCAUGGACUUAAGACCCAUGCUCGCUAUUAACGCUUCUGCCUCUAAUGGAACCACCAAUGUCACCCUUAAUUCUGAGGCUGCAUGCGUAAAACCGCCCUACUUAUGGGUAUUCCCUGCUGACAUCUCCUUUAAGUGCAGUAACCAACCAUGCUUUACAGGGAACUGCUGGAAUGGGUCUUUCCCGUAUGCUAUGUUGGCUCUUCGACCCCCACUGAUGUGGGUUCCCUUUAACGAAUCUGUUUGGGUUCAUCCCGUCUAUCAGCAGGACCAACUACCCAUGCUCAGACGUAAGAGAGAUUUUGGGAUCACAGCGGCCCUGACAGCACUGUUCGUGACUCUGACUGCGACGGCUGUGACGGCUGCCGUUGCUCUGACCCAGUCUACGCUGACGGCUCAGGCCUUUACCAAUCUUACGGACACCACCUCCCUGGCGCUGAGGGAGCAACAAGAAGUCAACCUCCUCCAGCACAACGCCAUAAUGGCGUUACAGCAGCAGAUCGACCUAAUCGCUCAGGAAGUCCAGGGACUCUGGGAGGUGGCUAACAAUUUAUGUGACGCCAGAUGGGCAUUCACCCAGUUGUGCGUUACCCCCAUCCAGGUCAACCGUUCGGCUUACAGGCAAUUUCAGGAUUAUGUUCUCACCACCUAUAAUUCUUCCUUUUGGAACGCUAGCGUGCGCCUGGAUAUGACUAUCCGGCAGCUAGAUCAGAUAGAGGUGCCUAUACUUACAGCCUCCUUUUUUGAUGAUGUCCUAAGCCAGAUAGGCUCCUUCUUCAAACCUUCGUCGCUUCUUGCGUAUGGGAUCAUUCUUGCUCUUGUGAUUGUCACUCUCGUGACUCUUAGGUGCCUGCGGUCGAUAAGGGCGACCCAAAAGACACAUAUGACAUUGAUGAUGUUGCUGGCCCAGAGUCAAGGGGAUUCCACACCUAGCGUUUUCUGGGCUCAGGCUAGAAAGGCACGGCUCCUUUAACCAGUACGUGGCUGCCCUCGCCAUUAUUCUUACGGAUGUUCUAGUAUUAUUACGUACGUCUCCUUCCCCGUCGCGGCUGCGAACUUAGACUAGAAGGACCCCACGCUUAAGGCGUGUUCCCAUUGAUAAUUAGAAAAUAGUAAUUAGUGAUUGUAGUGAACGGGGAUUAUGGUUGGUAAUUAGUGAUUACGCGGUUCCUCAAAUGUCACUCGGCUGACCCCUCCGUGUCUCCCCCAAGAUAUAAGCUUUAAGAGUUGAGUGGGCAAGCCAACGACGGGUAAGACGGGAGAAGUUCUCCUGAUCAACCUAAGACAGGCUCUACUCCGAGGGUCCUCUAGGGAGUGAGAGUUAUGGCAUUGAGAUGCGAGACCAAGGGUACUGCAGUGCCAUCCGCCUCGAGGGUUGAGGGGAAGGCAGGAAUGAAUGUCUAUAUGCAUCCAGGUUCGGUUCACAAAAGCCUGGCCCUGCGAAAAAAUGAACCACUCACCUUGAGCAUGGUCCUGGCGCAAGGAUAUGUACGAGACAAGGUGAUGCACAGCAGGGUAUAGACCUCUACAUUCUCUCAUGCCUCGGCCUGCGAAAUAGGCCCACUCCCAGACACCUCACAUGGACCCACAGACCACACUAUCUUAAUAAAUAAAGAAGGGGGAGAUGUUGGGAGCUCGACCGAAUGAUAUGAGGCCUGUGGUGAGGAGUGAAGCCUGAGCUAGAUUGCCCCUCCCGUCGACCGAGUGAUAUGAGGCCUGUGGUGAGGAGUGAAGCCUGAGCUAGAUUACCCCUCCCAUCGAGUAUGCCAAGAUGGCGCCCAUUUCCUGCUCCCUAGCUAGUAAACAACACGCCCUGUAAGCUAGUCUGCCCAGCAACAGCUGACGCUGGCCAAUCAGCUCGUCUUGCCUACUUUGAUGUGAUUGGUCGAUGUGUCCAUAUAUAUGCUGACACCACCCCUGGGGAGAGAACACACACCAAGAGAGGGACUGCUGAGAGAAGCACACAAGGAGCCGUAGGGAACGGACCAGAGGAGGCUUCCCUCAGGCGGGAUCCGAGAUCCCGGAACAGGGCGUACGGAGAGAGAAAAUAAAUCAGAGGCUAUCCGCCGA